AUGGUUCAAAUAAGCAUUAUCAAGUGGAGCAAAUUUGUUGCAAAUUUUGCCAUGAAAACAUCCAUUUUUACGGAGGCCAUGGUCGAGGUCUUCACAAAUUUCUGUUACAUGAUGUCAGCUUAUAAGUGGAUUGUGGAGGUUGUGCAUGAUGUUAUGGUUAUAAGUUUGCGGAAUUUCAAUCUAGAGUUCAGACAUCAUACCCUAGUAAUGCAUCCAAUCCACUCUGAUAGUCAAGGCUCUGUUAGAGCGCUUGCCGUACUUAGAGAUGGUCGUUGGAGUGAGCAAGAUGCCGCAAUUCUUGUUCCAGGAGAUAUUAUCAGCAUCAAAUUGGGUGACAUCGUCCCAGCUGAUGCUCGUCUUCUAGAGGGUGAAAUUGAUCAAUCUGCUCUUACUGGAGAAUCUCUCCCAGUUACUAAGAAUCCAUCUGACGAGGUGUUCUCUGGUUCAACCUGUAAACAAGGAGAGCUUGAAGCCGUUGUUAUUGCAACUGGAGUGCACACUUUCUUUGGCAAGGCUGCACAUUUAGUUGACAAUACUAACCAAGUUGGCCAUUUCCAGAAGGUUCUUACUGCUAUUGAGCUUGAAUGUAAACAAGGAGAGCGUGAAGCCGUUGUUAUUGCAACUGGAGUGCACACUUUCUUUGGCAAGGUUGCACAUUUAGUUGACAGUACUAACCAAGUUGGCCAUUUCCAGAAGGUUCUUACUGCUAUUGGUAACUUCUGUAUCUGUUACGAUCGCACUCGGUAUGGUAAUUGA